GCAGUGGCAACACUGGGGACUCGUUUUAUAUAAGGAUCUUCUAAAAACCCAGCCGUCAGCAGCUAGCUCUGCAGUGGACGGGAAGGUGAUUCAGCCUCCGCUUCCACCAUCAAAGGACUUGGAGUCAGCCAGGAGGUACAACUAUGGAAAACAACUGUUCCCAAAUGCUUCUUCACUCUCGGGGUUAUUUUAAGUGAUUGCCAGCAGACGGGACAGGUAGGAUUAUGUUUUCUAGAAGAGCAACGGAGGCACAGAACUUUUAAGCAACCUGCUUUCUGUUGGGAACAUAAAACAGGCAACGGUAAAAUGAGAACACCCUGUCCCCUUCUGUCUCGGCCCACUCCUGAGCCAUCAAAGUAUCCAGAACACUGUAAAUUCUAUCGUUGCGCAUGGUUCCUGACUGGCACGGGAUACAGGGAGCCCUCUGCAGAGGCCAUGGACCCAAUGACCUUCCCAAGUGCUGCUUCGGCGUCACCUCCGCCAGCACCCUGGGUCUCUCCAAAGCAUCACUAACUAUCCUUACUGCCUACAUAGUUUUCCUCGCAGAGAAUUCACCCUCAAUAAUCUCCCCGGGAAGGGUGUGCAAAGCUGUUUCUGAGAGGAUCACGAGGCGUGCGGUAAGCACGCUGACGGGUUGGAAUGGAUGCUUUCCCGGGACCUCCACGGCUCAGGAAGGGCACCCUGGGCUCUUGCAUCCCUUCUCCCUCAACUGGAACAGAUAAAAGUAGCAGGUACCGCUCCCCAGAUUCUGCAAAACGAACUCAAACAAUCGUUAAAUGCUUUCCCGAUCUGGGAGAAACACUAACAAAUGAGGCUGGAAGAACACUGAGAACGAAGCGCAAAGAAGCGCGCACGGGGUAACGAUGGAAAGCAAAGGGUUCCUUGCACUAAGGGCAGAGCCUCGCGAGAUCUAGGGGUCGGGAAUCUCGUUGCGUUGCCUAGCGACCAAAAGACGCUGGCGGGCCCCCUUAGCGAAACCCCCGCUGGAGCCCUGAGUGUCCUACCAUGGGGGAAGAAGGCAGCGGCCGCAGCUGUGGGAUCACCAGGGACCUGCAGAAGCUGAAGCAGCAGGCGAUGGCGUACUACCAGGAGAACGACGUCCCCCGCAGGCUGGAAGAGCUGCUCAACUCCACCUUCUACCUCCAGCCCGCGGACGUCUACGGGCACCUGGCAAACUACUUUUCGAAACUUGCAAAGCCUCCCUCCAUAUGCAAAGUAGCCGGAAAAAUCAUACUGGAUGGACUGGGACUUCCUACUCUCCAGGUGGAAAUCUCCUGCACCAUCCAAAAUCUCCCCAAGUACAUCUGUUCCGUGGUGAUACCUGCGCACUUUGAAGUCCCAGAGAACGCCCCGCCAGAGGUGGCCGAUGCCGAGGAGACAGAACGGCACUUGGCAGUGAGCACGGCUCUGCAGUGGGUCAGUGAAUCCAUGACAGAGGAGCUGUGGGGUCUGGUCCCCUCCAACCAGGCAGAGGUGGACCACAGGCUCAGGCUAUUCUUUGAAAAUAAAGUACAAGAAGAUAAAGAGAGAAAAGAGUUGGAAAGGAGCCUUGAGGAGUCAGUGCCCGUACCACCACCUGUAAUCCUGCCACCACCUCCUCCACCUCCCACCAAGAAGAAAGGGCAGAAGCCAGCCAUUGGCCCAAUCAGCUUUAUUCAUCAACCAAUAAAAGCAACACAUAUACAGAAGGACUUCCCACAUCACAGCACUGUUGGCUGCAAAGGGCGGAGGGACACGCUUUUGGAAAAACCUAUUAUCCCCCCAGAACCCCCUGAACCCAUCCUCCACGGUAGCAUGGCCAUAGGCGCUGUUUCACUAGCGGUGGCGAAAACCAGUGCCAGCCUGGCCAGUGUCCCUCUGUACGUGAACAUUGCGUCCCUGAAGCAUGGCCAGGAGCAGCCGUCAGUGGCGACACUCACCAUGCCUCUGCUGAUGGGAUCUGUGCUCAGCUGCGGGAAGGCAUCACCUGGGAAGCUAAACUUAAUGAAGGAAGUGAUUUGCAUCCCCCAUCCUGGAUUAACAACCAAACAAGGUAUAGAGCUGCUCCUGGAGAUUCAGAAACAAAUCAACAGAGUGAUUGAGACGCUCCCACCUCCAAAACCAGAGACCAAAAAGGGGCAUGAUGGAGGCAAAAGAGGUCAGCAGCCGAUCACGGGCAAGAUGUCCCACCUUGGCUGUCUAACUGUUAACUACGACACCAUAGAGCAGCCGCUGCUUCUUAUCCAGGGGAUCUGCUCGAACCUGGGGCUAGAGCUGGGAAUGAGCCUGCACCUGGCCAUCAACUGCGCUGCGCACGAGUUAAUGGACUAUAGCAAGGGAAAGUACGAAGUGAUGACGGGCACGUACAAAAGCAUGGCUGAGAUGGUGGACCUGUACGUGGAUCUGAUCAACAAGUAUCCUGCCAUCAUUGCCUUGAUUGAUCCCUUCAGGAAGGAGGACUCUGAACAGUGGGACGGCAUCUAUGCUGCUCUUGCUUCCAGGUGCUACAUCAUUGCAGGGGCUGCUUCCAGAAGCAUCUCUAAACUCCUGGAGCACAGGAAUACCAGCACCCCGAAAUCCCACGGGCUGGUCAUAAACCACACAAACCAAACCACCAUGUCUGACUUGGUGGAAAUAACCCAUCUUCUGAACGGUAAAAAGCAGCUCGCGGUCUUCGGGAGCACGGAGGCAGAGUCCUCUGAUGACAGCCUUGUCGAUCUGGCUGUUGGACUCGGCGCCCGGUUUAUCAAGUUGGGGGGUCUUUCUCGGGGUGAACGAGUGACCAAAUACAACCGCCUUCUCGCUAUAGAGGAAGAACUCAUCCAGAGUGGAACACGGGACCUCUCCAAUUUCCAGUCCCCCAGAACCGCUUCAGACCAUCAAAAAGAACCCUGGGACACCGGAGGCCCAGCCACUUCUUAGGAGCUAGGCCAGUGCCCCUGGCAUUCUGGAAUGGAUUAGGGCGAUUAGUGAGAAUUUCUCUAAAGCUGUUAGGCAAACACCAAGAACACCCCGAAUUAGCAAAACAAACAGCUCCACUCCCACUUUUGAGGAAGCAAUCUUGGCAAACUGUCAGCCACUAAAGUAUGUUUGUUACUAUAUGUGGUUCUGCCUAGGAUGGUCCCUGUCUGCCAUGGUUUCCUUUGGGGUGGUUGGUGCUCCUUUGUAUUCAUGUGCAGGGCUGGCCUUUGCUGGUGUACUGAAUGUCACAGUAGGUGUAACACAAACAGACCGGAGCAAGCAUCAGGCUGUUCUGAGAAUCUGGAUCCUUUCUGGAUGGGUCUGGUGAUGACUUUUAAUCCUGCCACACUCAACAUCGAAAUCAGGGCCACUGGUCAGGAUGUAAACCUUAUUUAUUUAUUUUAAAUAGGUUUCAGUGAAGAACACAAUUUUUCUUCCUUCCAAGAGGAUGCUGAAAAGACACCAGAGGCUACUGCCACAAUGGCGGAGGAAACUCUUGGGCCCCUGGACUCCAUCUUCCCUACAGAA